AUGCCUUUUCCGAGCGACGGAGUGUAUACCAUCAGAAACGUCGGCAGAGGCCUCAUGCUCGAUCUGAGGGGCAACAGCACCGCCGAAGGCAACCAGAUCCAAGGCUACGCCAACAAUGGCACCGUGGCUCAACAGUGGGUGAUCAAGAGACAGAACCCGCCAGGGUCUGCCAACAAGACCAUCAGUAUUCAGUCCAACAAUGACGGCAACAAUGGCAAUGGAUUCUUCGCUACUGCGAGCGAGGAUUCGGAUGAACUGGUCGUUUACACGAGGCAGGCGUUUGUCGUCGAUCUUGUUGGACGCCCGGACGAUUAUUAUAGCAUUCGCUACACUCUUGGGAACGAGAACCUGAUGCUAUCCAUUCCGGGCUCAAAGCACACUGAAGUGAAACUCGAGAAUUACGACAUAGAAAGUACCCGCCAGCAGUGGCAAUUUGUCCGGGUGUCUGAUCUCCAGCCGCUGAUCGGUUAG